AUGAUGGAUUGGUCGAAAAAGAAAACUGAUCUUUUGAAUAUUCUCGGAAGCCGUUUUCGAAGCUUAAGCCUGCACCGAAGUAAAAAUCGAAGCAGUUACCUGGCGGUUGACCCACAUAUUCGAAUACCCAUCAUUCUCAAUACGGUGAACGUGACACAAUCGUCAACGCAAACAAUUCCGAUUAAUGUGAAUAACAAUGCUGAACAUAUCAAAGCUCCUGACAACGCUCGACAUCGAAGUCGUCGUCGAAAACAUCAACAACGUUUUAGUAAAUGCUUAGCUGAAUUAACCGAAAAAUAUCCGCCGAUUCCUGCACAUGAAUAUUUAAAAGACGAUAAAUCAAUCAACGAGGAUUCGAAAAAGAGUUGCUAUUCGUCAAUAUCAACGAAUUCAGAAAUAACUUCGUGUAUUUGGUCAAAACUAUUGGAAAGUCGAGAAGAUCUAUUCAAAUUGAAUAAAACACUUGAAGACUUGGACAAACGUUUAGAGCGUCUGUCAUCAAACAUGUGUUCCAAAUGUAAAUUCAAACACGUUUUUUAA